AUGAUGGCGAAUCGCGCGGGUGAAUCUAAGGAGUUGUUGCUGAGCGCGACUCGCUCAAAUACUCUCUCGUCUGGAAGAACACCGCAGAUUACCAGAAGCGUUCCUAGCAGGUAUAGUGCCAGGAGAAGCUCUCUGUUCACCUCCCAGUCUUCUGCACGGCCAUCUUUAGCCCCUGGCAUAUACACUUCUGUGACUUGCAAAGAUACUCGACCACUUCGAGACAAAAGCUUUCAGUCGGAGUGCAUGCGCAAUGUCAGCGACUACUUAGCAAUUGCGCGAUACCCUGCUCCCCUCACGCCUAAGACAUUUAUCUCUCCUACUGCGAAAGAGUUUCAAUCGAUCUUUCGCUUUUUGAUCGUCGCUCUUAUAGGACCUGGCUUGUCGUGGACAAAGAAGUUCGAGGAUGAUGCUUUAUCAAUACUCAGAGAUCUACGGUAUCCCGGUCUGGACUCUGUAAGCAAAACCGCGUUCACAGCGCCGGGAGCUCCGCAAUCAUGGCCUGGUAUGCUGGCCAUGCUCAAUUGGCUGGUGGAGCUGUGCAAGGCCCAUGACAAUUGGAACAACAACGAUUGCAUUUCGGACCCGAUUCUCAUGCAUCCAUCGCAAUUAGCCAUGGACCAUCCUUACCUAGAAGAUCGCCUGUUGUGGAACUUUGUUUCUACGACUUAUGAUCAAUGGUUUGACGGCGGUGCUGAAGAAUUCCAUGAAGCUGAAUCAGAACUGAAAAAGAUGUAUGAUCGUGCGUCAUCAGCGACGUCCGAGAAAGUUGCGGACCUUGAAGCUCAAGUACAGAAGAAGAUGGUUGAGCUUCACCAACUGCAUGCGCAAGAGCCUCCCUUGAAGAGAAUGGAAGACGAGUACAUCCAGUUAAUGAGUGAUAAAACUAAAUUCAUCGCUUUCAUAGAGCUCCACAGACAGAAGGCAGAGAAAACACGGCAAGCCAUAGUCAAGAUAAAGAGUGCGGUGUCAAGUCAAUCCGACGACCUGGACCAGCAUCGACUGGAAUUGACUCAGAUCGAACUUGCAGUUGCUGCCCAGAAUCUAGCGCCUGACGAAGUCACUCGAAUGAACAACGAACGAGACUCCCUUCAUCGAGGCCUUGACGAGUUGCGGACCAGAAUCGCUGAAGCUAGUCAAUCGGCUUAUGACCACGAAAUGCUGGUCACUAAAGCCAUGGAUCGUUUUGAAAGUCUUCAUGCCGAAUACAUUGAUCUUGCCCACCAUAUUGGUCUCCCCCCUCAAUUAGCCGAUAUAACACUUUCCGAUACACACGGAUUAGGAUUGGACCUCAACUUGGAUCUGGGGGUUGAAGAUCUCGAAGCUCUCAAACUAUCGGGAGCUGUGAUGCGCUCGUCUGUUUGGCAAGACCUGCAAUCGCGACGGGAAGCAUACCGACAGGACGGACUUCAGCUCGGUAAUAGCUCGAUCACUUUAGAAGAUCAAUACGAUCGUUUGCAACAACAAGCGGAGCGGCAAAAGGAGGAGAUCAUGACGUUAGAAGUGAAGUUGAAGAUGAUUCACGAACAGGCUGAAGCUGGACAGGCAAAACUGACAGCUGAGAACGCCAACACGAAUAAAGUCAUUGUUCAGCUAGAAACUGAAGUGGCUAACAUGCUCACAGCCAGUCAGCAAGGCGUGCUUGUCACUCAAUCUCAAUUGGAGAGUGCAAAAAUUGCAUACAAAGAGCUCCGACAUCGAACAGCGAUCCUUCAAGAUUCAAUGGUAGGUCAGGUAGGAAGUCACAUCGAUGCUAUUAUAAGGGCAAAAGAGCAUGCUACCAAUAGUUUGAGAAGUAUCAGAUCCAUGGCAGAAUCUCAGUGA